GCUUUCAGUGUUUUGGUGUACAUAGGGUUGCCAGAUUCUUGAGCAUAGACUGGGAUUGAAUGCUUACGAGUGAAUGCGUGGCUUUACGAUUACGCUGACGAACUCACGAAGCAACAUACAGCGAUACUUUGCAAACACUCCCUGAGGUGGAACGGCCGCGAACGCUUUGUUAGAUGUUUUGGCUUGCAAACGAGAUCUCUGACAUGUGAACGCGGCACAAUGGCUCUAUCGUCGAAUUGCUGGAAAUAUCUAGUGUUGACCUUCAAUCUCUUAUUCGCUAUGUCAGCAGUGGUUCUCUUUGGCAUGAGUGGAUAUCUUCUGUACCGGUUGUUUAUAUACCGUCACUUCAUAGGAGUCGGUGUGGAAUAUCCGGCUAUACUGCUAUUGAUGUUGGCAAUCAUCACAUGUUCUAUAGCUUGGAUUGGAUGGAGAACUGCAAAGUCCAUGCACCAAAUACAUGUUAUAAUAGCGGGUCUGCUUGUAAUGCUGAUCGUAGUGAUAGAGUUCUCGUGUUUUGUGUGGGCGAUGGUCGUCUGGGACAACAUCGAGAUAGACAUCAAGACAACAAUGACUUCCUAUUUUCUGCUGACCAAGGAAAACAAGGAAGCCAGCGUGGACUCGGUCAGAUGGGAUAGAUUACACGUUAAGUUCGAAUGCUGUGGCGUUAGCGGCCCAAACGACUACAGUUCUGCUGGACACGUGCCCUUCUCCUGUUGCGGGCAGGGCCCUUUGGACUCCAUACAGAAGCCCUACACCUCCGACUGCACGACGCUUUACCAGCGAGGUUGCGGCAACCUCCUGCAUGACUACGCUAAACAGCAUCUGCUGUUGGUUGCCAUGGUUGCCCUGGCAGCGUCACUUCUGCAGAGUUCGGGUAUAUUCUGCACCUUCUUCCUUGCUCACGCGAUCAAGGAGCGGCGUCGGGCGUCCUUGCGACACUCAAUAUCCGUCCGGGAGGCUUUCGCGGCACCAGACGACUCUCUACUGUCACCACCCACAGCGCCUGCUCCAACCUUGCCAAAGUAUUGAAUUCCCUAGCUCUUAAGAUUUGAACUGCCUGUAAGCCAGCGCAUACAUAGACAUUUGCAGGCAGGGCAGAGCAUUUUGUUCGUAUCGUAACCAGUUGUCCAUUGUAACUCUAUUUUUGAAUUGACAAGUUCUUAAGGCGCGUUAAUCACUUUUUCGGUUUAGGUCAUCGAACCCUUCCUAUGAGCAGUGGCGUGCAUAGAGGGUAUGCACAGGGUGUGCAGAUGAUAUAAAAUGAAGGAAAUCUCCAGUAGGUAAACUAUUACUGUACUGUAAUUGUAUUGCAUACUGUAUAGUGUAUAUGUACAUAGAUUUAGUUAGUUCAAUCGACAGUCCCCGAAGACUGCCCGGUAUGUAUACUUUUUGACUUUUCUUAUUGUGCAGUGGCUUGCACAGCGUUUAUGUCCAGGGUAAGCAUAAACAGGAAGAUAGUGUUAAAUAGAAAAAUCCUCCUUCUAUACAAGUUAUAUGAAAUCUUAAGGUAGGCAGUUUUUGAGCUUUUGAGCAUGUAUAAAAUGCACUCCACUGUUAUCAUGUAAAAAAAAUUUUAAUGUAUAACUUUCCAAUGCAGUCUGUUUUAAAAAAUAGGAACAAAAAUUCAAGAUAGUUUUACUCCAAUGUGUGUUUUUUAGGAAAUAUUUUACAGUCAAAAGUUAUGAAAAUAUGGAUGCAUAAUACCACCAGUAAGAAAAAAUUGUUUUUUAAAAAUAUCAAACAAGCUUAACCAAAUGUUUUUUCUUGAGAUAUGAUAAUGUUAUACUAUUUUACUUAGUUUCCAAAAGUCCUUUCAUAAGUCGGGAGUAGAGCAUCGCAUCAUAACCGAAGCUUUGCAAUUGUCUAUAAAUUCAUUAGUUACGUUUGACUUAUAGGUAUGAAUUUUUGUUGGAAAACGAUAACGAUAAAGAUAAAAUGCCCUGCCCAGCGUUCACCAGUAUGCGUUGGCCAAUAAUGAUCUAGUUAAAAUGUUAACUAAGACCAUUAUCUCCUGGGUUCGAUGCCCGGGUCGUGCCAAAACUUUGAGCUAGCAUGACAUGAGAGAGAAUGUCAGAACUAUCUAGAUGUACCACGGUGGUGAAUUCCCGAGUCCAGCCAAAAAAAUGCUGGGUACUAUUCAGUUUUUAUCCAAUUCUUCCUUAAAGUACAAUCCGAAACUUUAAAAAACUUGUGAAAGAUCAUUGUUUGUGUCAAUCAUCUAAUGACCCAUGGUAGUACACUGCUCCCUUCUCUUUUUUAAUUUAGAUU